AGGCGAGAAUUCCGAGUCUUGUGAAGGCAGCAUCAGUGGUGCGGUCCAGUGUGUUGCGGUUGGUCCAGCUCCGGACAGCGGCACUUCGUCACUUUGACGCUAAACUUUUGGAUGCAAAGUGUUGUCUGUCUACAAAAGAAAACACACUUUUCUCAAAAUGUCGGAAGAGUCGUGGGCGCUGGCCGUCGACGUACAGGAGGCAACAACUCCUUGUUCACAGUUUGAAAUCACAAAAAAAGUGGAUCGACUUCGUGGUCCACGAAACCUUAAAGGCGACAUAAACGGCAAUAUCAUUCCGGAGAAGAGUCGAGGUGGAGGAGGAGGUGGAGGAGACGAAGACAAAAUUGACUUGGCCGAACAGUCCUUGUUGAAUAAACUGAUCCGUCGCUCUCUGGUGCGGAACAGAAACCAGGUGGAGGUCCUGCAGAGGGACCCCACCUCUCCUCUGUACUCCGUGAAGACAUUUGAGGAGCUGAGACUGAAACCUGAGCUGCUGAAGGGUGUGUACAACAUGGGCUUCAACAGACCAUCCAGGAUCCAGGAGAACGCUCUGCCCAUGAUGCUUGCACAGCCCCCUCAGAAUCUGAUCGCCCAGUCACAGUCUGGCACUGGUAAAACUGCUGCCUUUUCACUGGCCAUGCUCAGCCACGCGAACCCAGCCAAUAAGUGGGCUCAGUGCCUCUGCAUCUCGCCAACGUAUGAGCUCGCUCUGCAGAUUGGUCAGGUCAUCGAGCAAAUGGGGAAAUUUUGUCCAGAUGUGAAACUGGCCUACGCCAUUCGAGGCAACAGGAUGGAGCGAGGAAUCAAGUUGCAGGAGCAGAUCGUCAUUGGAACACCAGGCACGGUCCUCGACUGGUGCACCAAGUACAAGCUCAUCGACCCCAAGAAGAUCACCAUGUUUGUGUUGGACGAGGCUGAUGUGAUGAUUGCCACACAGGGUCACCGAGACCAGAGCAUUCGUAUCCAUAGACAGCUGUCAAAGGACUGUCAGAUGCUCCUCUUCUCCGCAACCUUUGAGGACUCAGUGUGGAGGUUUGCAGAACAGGUGGUUCCCGACCCAAACAUCAUCAGGCUGAAGCGCGAGGAGGAGACGCUGGACACCAUCAAGCAGUUUUACGUGCUCUGCAAGGAGAAGGAGGACAAGUUCACAGCGCUCUGCAAUCUGUACGGAAGCCUCACCAUUGCACAGGCCGUGAUCUUCUGCCAUACUCGUAAGAUGGCCGCUUGGCUGACCGCACACCUGACCAAAGAGGGCCACCAGGUGGCGUUGCUGAGCGGAGAAAUGACAGUAGAGCAAAGAGCUGCUGUGAUCGAGCGCUUCAGGAACGGGAAAGAGAAGGUGCUCGUGACCACCAACGUGUGCUCCAGAGGCAUUGAUGUUGAGCAAGUGUCACUCGUGGUGAACUUUGACCUCCCUGUUGACAUGGAUGGGAACGCAGACAAUGAGACAUACCUUCACCGGAUUGGCCGCACAGGACGCUUCGGAAGAAGAGGGUUUGCUGUCAACAUGGUUGACAACAAACACAGCAUGGAUAUAAUCAACCAAAUUGAAAUGCAUUUCAAUAGGAGAAUCACAAAGCUGGACACCAGCAACCUUGAAGAGAUGGAAAGUCUCAUCAGCUGAAAGGUUUUCAUGCACUACCAAAUACUGAAGCAGUUAGACGUGUUACCUCAAAUGUGACUUGAGUUCUUUCAAGGGUUUAUUGUUUGCAUUUUAUUGUUUAUAGAAAAGAUAUGCAUACUUAUGUUGACUAUGCAAAACUCGUGUGCCAAAGUUUUCACUUUAGAUUUCAUUUGAUAUGUCCGACUUUGAUUGAUCACUGAAGUCACCUUAAGCCUUUACGUCUCCCAGAGACAAUAAACUAACCACUAGCUGUUAAAACAGCAUUUAAGAAGGGUGAAGAUGAUACUGUAGCUGUUUGUUUGCUGUGCUGUGUUUUGAUUAUUUGAAGUGUGUUAUUAGUGUAGAAUCGGUGGGACAUUAGUGUCUCAUCUGUGGAUUUUUUGUCAUGGCUCGAUCACGGCUGAGUUCAGAUUGAAUAUCCUUGAGUGACUUGAAGCAUUUUAAGGUUUAAAAUGCCUGUUUCAGCCUAGUGGUAGUUAAUUUGGUUAUUAUAUUUUUGUGUGGAUAUAAAAAUAAAUAUACUGUCACAUGUAAAGCCUGUUCAGACAGUUUAUUGCUGGUUUUGACAGCUCUGGCUUAUCUAAGGACAGGGUUUGGUACCUUUUAUAAAGUAAGACCAUUCUUAAAAGAUCUAAAAGAAUAUAUCAGUUUCUCAC